UGUUUAUUCCCAUGUGGUGUUGAAAAAUGGACGCGCACAUGAUUCUGUGAGGUUUUGAAAAUGUUUUCAUUUAAUGUUUGCAUACGUUGAGCGUUAAAAAUCGACGGAAUUGUGAAAAAGCGUUGAGUGAAAAUGACAGAUAUGCCUCCUUAUCUCGCGCUUAACGAUGAUGAGGAUAACAGUGGAGAGCCUGAUAGUGACUCCUCGGAUUUUGAGGAUGAUCUGGUUCUAAGUUUUGACAAACCGAGGCACUUGGAGCCCAUAAAGGGAGCCGAGCGCGAAGAACACUCUUGGAGAGUCAAAGAAAAGUACAAGACCCACUGUGUUGCACUGGUGUUGUGCCUUAAUGUGGGCGUUGAUCCUCCGGAUGUUGUCAAGACACAACCUUGUGCCAGGCUGGAGUGCUGGAUAGAUCCGAAUUCACUGUCUCCGACCAAGGCUUUAGAGACUAUAGGACAUGCUCUACAAACACAGUACGAGCGCUGGCAGCCGCGCGCGCGAUACAAACAAUCCUUGGAUCCCACAAGUGAUGAGAUCAAAAAACUUUGCUGCUCGCUGCGGCGAAACGCGAAGGAGGAGCGCGUUCUGUUUCACUACAACGGACACGGCGUGCCCAAGCCGACGUCCCAGGGAGAGAUUUGGGUAUUUAAUCGGGCUUACACCCAGUACAUUCCCCUGUCCAUGUACGACCUGCAGACGUGGAUGGGCGCCCCGUCGCUGUACGUGUACGACUGCUCCAACGCCGGAGUCAUCGUCGACAACUUCAAGCAGUUCGCGGAGCAGCACGAGAGGGACUAUGAGAUGCAGGCGAGCGCGGCGGGCGCGACGGGAGCGGCCGGGCCGGCGCCGGUGUGCUACCGGAACUGCAUCCAGCUGGCGGCGUGCGCGGCCGGCCAGAGCCUGCCCAUGUCGCCCGAGCUGCCGGCCGACCUGUUCACGGCGUGCCUCACCACGCCCGUCAAGAUGGCCAUCAAGUGGUUCGUGCUGCGCACGCGCCUGCGCGUCGCGCGCGCCGACCUCGUCGACCUCAUCGACAAGAUCCCCGGUCAGGUGACCGACCGCCGGACGAUGCUGGGCGAGUUGAACUGGAUCUUCACGGCCAUAACCGACACCAUCGCGUGGAGUUCGCUACCCCCGGACCUGUUCCAGCAACUAUUCCGGGCGGAUCUCCUUACCGCUAGCCUGUGCCGAAACUUCCUGCUGGCCGACAGGAUCAUGAGGUCGUACAACUGCACGCCCGUGUCGUCGCCGGCGCUGCCGUCGCUGGCGCGCCACCCGCUGUGGGCGGCGUGGGAGCACACGCUGGACCUUGCGCUGGCGCAGCUGCCGGCGCUGCUGGAGCGCCCGCACCACCACUACCGGCACUCGCCCUUCUUCCGCGACCAACUCACCGCCUUCCAGCUGUGGCUCGACCUCGGAAAUUGGUCGGUGUCGCGGCCGCCGCCCGACCAGCUGCCCAUGGUGCUGCAGGUGCUGCUGAGCACGCUGCACCGUGUGCGCGCGCUGCAGAUCCUGUGCCGCUUCCUGUCGCUGGGCGCGUGGGCCGUGCGCGCCGUGCUGGCCGUGGGCAUCUUCCCCUACAUGCUCAAGCUUCUGCAGGCUUCCGCGCACGACCUGCGCGCCUCCAUGGUCUACAUCUGGGCCAAAAUCAUUGCCGUGGACCCCACUUGUCAAGUGGAUUUGGUGAAUGCAAAAGGUCACAAGUACUUCUUAUCUAUACUGCAAGACCCAUCGGUUGAUACUGAACAUCGGACACUGGCUGCAUUUGUUUUAGCUGGCAUCGUCGACAACUACCCGGCGGGACAAGAGGCCGCUUUGCAGGGCUCGAUGAUAUCGGCGUGCCUCGAGCAGCUGGGCGAGGGCGCCGAGCGCGCGGGCUGGCGCCUGCAGCAGUGGGCCUGCAUCGGCCUGGGCCGCCUGUGGCGCGGCUGGGACGCGGCGCGCUGGGCCGGCGUGCGCGACCUGGCGCACGAGAAGCUGGCGGCGCUGCUGCCGCACCCGCGCCCCGAGGUGCGCGCCGCCUGCGCCUUCGCGCUCGCCGCCUUCGUGUCGGCCGGCGCCGCCGCGCCCGCGCGCACCGACCACGCCAACGCGCUCGACCAGCAGGUGGCCGUGCAGCUGGCGGCGCGCCUGCGCGACGACGCCUCGCCGCUCGUGCGCGCCGAGAUCCUCGCCGCGCUCCAGUGGAUGGUUUUAAUAUUCGAGCAACACUUCAUCGCCGUGUACAUCAACGAGAGGGUGCGACGCAGCGACAGUGGCCGUGUGCGCAGGGAGAGCGGGCGCGGCGGGCGCGCGGGGCGCGUGGACACGGGGCAGGACGCGCUGGCGGCCGCGCGCACGCCGCCCGCCGCGCGCGCGCCGCACCUUUGCAUUACGAUACUCGCUCAGCCCUCGGUAUGGUAUGGUAUCGGUAUUUCACUGUGUAGUGCGUCGUGCGCAGGUUUCGGCUCGGUGUACAUGAAGCUGUGGGGCACGCUGUGCGCGAUGGCUCGCGAGCCGCACCCGCAACUGGCACAGAUGGCGGCCGACAUCAUCGCGUACGUCUCUAACCAGGUAGACAGCGUCGGCCGCGACGUGGAGCGUCAUCCGCCCCACUCGCAUAGCGGUGGGGGGUCUAGUUCGCUGCCGCCGUCGCCCAACACCCGAGCACCGCACGCGCACCACGACUCGCGCACGUUACCGCACAUGGGUCACCGCCGGGGAAAGUCUGGUCUCCCGCACACGAUAUCAGAGGACUCGGUGGCGCAUCGUGACCGCGAACGAGACUCGACCUCCUCUAAUUCUAGUCAAUCGACGAAGAAAGUGAUAGUAUCGACUCAGUUCGUGGAGUGGGCGACGGCGCAGUUCGCGCGCGGGGACGCGUCGGGCGGCGCCACGGGCCCCUUCGCGGCGGCGCAGGCCGGCGACGGCGCGGCGGCGGGCGCGGAGGGCGCGGGCGCGGGCGCGGCCCACGCGGCGCGCGCGCCCGCCGACUGCGAGAGCCGCGCGCACCACGAGCGCGUGUGGCGCCGCGCGCGCAACCGCAGCAUCCGCCGGGAGGCCCGCGCCCUGCGCGCGUCGCACCCGCCCCGCCUGGAGACGGUCGCGUUCCACUCGCGCUGCCCGCUGCCGCCGGCGGUGGUGCUGUUCCACCCCUACGAGCAGCACGCCGCGCUCGCUUCCAAAGAAAAUUUCGGGAUCUGGGACUGGGGCACGGCGGCCAAGCUUUGCGUCGGAUCGUGGAGACGCGCGUGGGGCCGCAUCACGUCGCUGGCCUACCUCAACGCGCACCACCACGCACUGCUAGCCGUCGCCUCGCACCAGGGACACCUUGCCAUCUACAGGCCGUCGGGCAGCGGCAUGGAGCCGGCGCUGGUGUCGGCGUGGCGGGCGCUCGACGUGCGGCCGGCGCCCGACUACCGCCCGCCCUCCGCGCAGCCGCUCUACAGUCUGGCGCAGCUGGUCACGGAGCAGUUCGCGCCGGCCGACGAGCGGAGUGGCAGCAAGGGGAUGCUCUCUGACCCCAACAUGGGGAGCAGCGCGCCGCCCUCGGGCACCCUGCUGCGCUGGAGCGCGUCGCGACGCUCGCUGGCGCUGGCCGGCCAGGCCGCCACCGUGCGCCUGUGGGACGCGCACGCCGAGCUGCUGCAGGCCGACAUACCCACCGAGUGCGAGGCGGCGGCGACGUCGCUGUGGCGCGGCGGGCGCGCGGCUCGCGUGCUGGCCGGCUUCGGCGACGGCUCGGUGCGCGCGUGGGACGAGCGCGCGCCGCGGGCGACGACGGCGCUGCGCGCGCACGCCGCGCCCGUGCUGUGCGCCGCGCCGCGCGACGACGCGCACGCGCUGGUGACGGGCGCGGCCGACGGCGAGGUGCGCGUGUACGACGCGCGCAAGCUGGCGCGGCCGCUGCACGUGCUGCGCGCGCCGGCGCCGCUGGCCGCGCUCGACGUGCACCCGCGCGCGCCGCUCAUCGCCUGCGGGUCGGUGAAUCAGUGCAUCAGCAUUUACGACUUGAAGGGCGGUGCGCUCAACACCAUAAAGUUUCACGAAGGCUUCAUGGGGGCUCGCAUAGGGCCCAUGUGCCCUGGGGGUUGGCUCCAAGGACUCCACGGUGUCGGUGUACGUGUCUGAGGCGCGUCGGUGACCCUCGCUCUACGGGCUGGCGCUGCCGCUGCCCUUUGCGCAGUGACAGCGCACCCGCCUCUGCCGCCAUCACCACCGCCGCCACCAUUUCCGCCAUCGCUAUCGUCAUGUACACGCACGCAGGAAUAUCAAGAAGUUCAGCUGAGGAUAACAACAUUGAAAAAUCCUCGGAAACACACUCGCACUCAGGUUUCCGAGAUACAAAUCGAAGUGCGCGAGCUUGCAUAUUCCUUGAACAAACUAAAAAAUAAGUUUGCAAGUCAACUCAUAGAACGCAUGUAG